AUGCGUUUCCCGACGUUUACGAUGCGUCCGCGCAAGGCAGUUGGCCUGCUAUUGCUGUCUGCGUUGGUGGUCUCAGCCGCAGCCUCGAGCUCAUCAACGGAGAAGAUUAAGGCGACGAGUGAGUUGACAAUUGCGGAGAUUGAUGAGAAAUUGCAGGAAUGCCCAAUCGUCAAACAAUUGAACCACGAACGCCAAAUCAAUGCGCCGGAAACCUCGAGCACUAUGAGUAAAGUGUUUUCGGUUUUGUUCCCCGCCGGACCGGCUGUGAACAGUCUUUUGGCCACAGCCUAUAUUUCUGGGCCCCCAAACUUUUUACUUGCUCUAUGCCCCACCGACAUUGACCCCUCGUCCCUCUCUGUAAUGGUCGCCUUCGCAGUCGGCGGCCUCCUUGGUGACACGCUUCUACACCUUAUCCCCCAAACUUUCAUGGGAGAGCCUCACAAUGACAAUGUCCAUUUUGUGAUGUUGGAUCCUAAGAGGAACACCCUUUUGGGAUUAUUUAUUUUCAUUGGUUUCGUGACUUUUGUCGCCAUGGAUAAGACUAUGAGGAUUUUCGGCGCAGGACAUGACCAUUCACAUGGACAUUCACAUGACGCGAUUGAAGAAAUGAAAGUGUCCGCAACUACAAGUGGUGUCGAUACCAAAGGGGGUAGCGAAUUAAAGAAGCGUGGCGGGAAGGACUCGGUCGUGCAGAGUCAAGAGCAAGUUGCCAAGAAGGAAGCAAGCAACUCGAUCAAGCUCUCGUCUUAUCUGAACCUAAUUGCCGAUUUUUCGCAUAACAUCACCGAUGGUCUUGCCAUGUCUGCCGCUUUCCACACCGGCGGCGUCCGUAUUGGCGCGACCACUUGCGUCGCAGUAUUCUUCCAUGAGAUCCCUCACGAAGUUGGCGAUUUUGCUCUCCUCGUGCAGAGUGGCUUCACCAAAUGGCAAGCCAUGGGUGCGCAGUUCUUUACUGCUGUCGGUGCCUUCUUGGGUACAUUUAUCGGAAUCGGGAUCCAAUGGUAUUCUGCGUCUGGCGGUGAGGAUGUGGUGGUUAAAGCUGGAGAGGGGAUCAUGGGUACGGGGUUGACUGGAGGCGAUCUGGUACUGCCUUUUACUGCCGGGACGUUCCUCUAUGUAGGCUUCAGUGUGAUUCCGGAGUUGCUGGAGGUGGGGCCGAACAAAGCUGAGGAGGCUAGAAAAAGUUUGACCCAGGCUGUUGCAAUGGCAGCUGGGUUUGGAAUUAUGUUUGCAAUCUCGUGGAUGGAGUAA